AUGCCGACCUUCACAGAGACCAUGCUCGAGCGCUACUCGGACGAGAUCACCGUCGCGACCCAGCACCCGUUCCUCGCAGCCGCAGGGCGACACGAGCUUACGCGCGACAAGCUCAGCGAGUGGCUUACCCAGGACCGCUGCUACGCCCUCCACGGAUACCCCAAGUUCAUCGCUUCGCUCAUCUCGGCCCUCCCCUUGUCCUCCUUCCCUCACCAGGCCGACGCGCACAAGACCCUCUCGCUCCUCUCCUACGCACUCUCCAACAUCGACCGCGAGGUAACCUUCUUCGACGACCUCUCGUCCAAAUACCUCGUCGACCUCGAAGUCAGCCCGGAUGAGGAGGAGCGCGACAACAAGCUCAAGCGGCCCAUCGGCAGUCUCCAGGGCCAGGUCCUUCGACCGACGACGAGGGCGUACAUCGACUUGAUGAUUGCGACGGGCGCGGAGGCGAGCAGGAACGGCGGCAACUUGGAAGAGGCGAUCGUGCUGCUGUGGACGAUGGAAAAGCUCUACAACCUCGCCUGGAAAUACGCCGGCUCCCUGUCGCCCAGCAGCUCUUCCUCGCGCAACCCCUCCGACCCACGAACUUCGGCUGCCAUCACCGAGCUCAUCCAGAACUGGACGAGCGAGGAGUUUGACCUCUUUGUGGAGAAGUGCGGCGAGGAGGUCGAGAAGCUCGACUUGGUUGAGGGCACAGACGCGUGGGAGAGGGCUGAGGAGAUGUUCAAAUACGUCCUCUACCUCGAGCAACGGUUCUGGCCCGACAUGUAUGCCGGCCCCUCUCGCGGCGCACUCGGCUCGCUCUCGCGUCGCAGCUCGAUGGCCAUGUCGCGGCGCAACUCGGAGAACGUCUCGGGCCGCAGCUCGGUCAACCUCUCGCGCCGCAGCUCAUUCAUCCUCAACAACAUCAGCGACCAGUAA